AUGAACCCGGGCAUGUGGCAGUAUAUCUCCAUUCUGAAGAUCGAGCGCGUGGAGAAUGGAAUGCAAGAAGAUGGCAGCGCAGAACCUUAUUACAAGGCCUUGCAGAGGGGUAUCGAGAAUCAGGGGGUGUCCUUCGUGCCAGGUCUCCAUACACGCUGGGUUUUUCAUGGUUCCAGCGCAGUAGAAUCCAUCGUCUCCAAUCCCAUCUCAGGCUUCCAGCCGCUGAUGUCGGGCACGCGGGGCAAUGCCCUCUGGGGCCCUGGGACCUAUUUCGCACGCGAUGCUAAGUACGUUUACGAUGGUGGCUUUUGUGGCCCUUCCAUGGAUGGAAGCAGACAAAUCUUGCUCUGCCUUUUGAUGAAUGGCUUCGUUUGCCUUGGUGAUCCGGAGCACAAAGGGGUGCUACCCUUUCGCCAAGGGCGACACAGGUACAAUGCCUCUGUGGAUAGCCUUUCGAACCCUGAGAUUUUUGUCACGCAGUCGCCUGGCGCUGCAUACCCUGCAUAUGUCAUUACCUUCUCCUGA